UAACUAUUUAAUUAAUUUACUAUGUGCAAUAAACAGUACAAGAAAAUAAAUUUCAUCACAAAUCGUGAUACGCUUCAUGAGUGAUUUUAAAAUUAUGAACGUGAAUAGAAGUCUCUGGAGCGUUUAUGUAUUAAGAACGUUUUAUCGUCGUGAACCAUUGUCGGUCGUUAUAUUCAUCAGUGGUCAGAGGUUCCAUCAGAUAAGAAGCGCACAAGAGAGGGAGAAUGCUAAAGUGCGAUAACGCACGACCACUCUUAAGUUUCCUCACUUUUACAUGCGCAUCAGUCACCAAUGGUACUGUUCGUCAGAAUGUGCGUAACGUCAUGGCUGUCUACCAUAAUACUUGUACUGCUCGUAUCGUCCAAUCAAUGCCGCAGGCCGGACGCUUUUCAGGAUACCUUGGGUCACAUAAGACCGCUCUCGACGCCGGAAGUACAGGCAAAAGCCGCUGAAGAUGUCGCAAAGAGGCUGCUGGGUGAAAGGACAGCUAAACUGUUUGUUAUGAUAGUGGAUACCAAAGUGGGUCCUACGUGGUCUGGCAAGGAUUCUUUCAAGAUAACGAAGAAUCCUCUAGGCAAGAUCGAGAUCCGCGGCACUACCGGAGUGGCGAUCACGUGGGGCCUGAAUUACUACUUGAAGAACUAUUGCAACGUCCACGUAUCGUGGGAUGGAACGCAAAUUUCCCUGCCCAACGUGCUGCCGGAUGUUCGAGUUAAAGUGACAUCCAACGACCGAUUCAGGUAUUACCAAAAUGUGUGCACCGUGGGAUACAGCUCGGCCUGGUGGCAGUGGAGUCAAUGGGAAAGGAACAUCGACUGGACGGCCCUCAACGGAAUCAACCUGGCCCUUGCUUUUACUGCGCAAGAGGCGAUCUGGCAGAGAGUGUACCAAGAAUUCAAUCUCACUCAAGAAGAAAUUGACGAACAUCUUGGUGGACCCGCUUUCUUACCCUGGGCGAGAAUGGGCAAUAUUCGUGGCUUUGGGGGACCGUUAUCGUACAACUGGCACAAUCGCACCGUGCAUCUGCAACAUAAGAUCCUCCAAAGGAUGAGGGACCUCGGAGUCGUGCCGGUAUUACCAGCAUUUGCUGGUCACGUACCGCGAGCCUUCGCCAGACUUUUCCCGAGUGCUAAUAUGACGAAGAUCAAUCCUUGGAACAAGUUCGAAGACAAAUACUGUUGCCCUUAUUUGGUAGAGCCGACGGAUCCGCUCUUUCGCCUCAUUGGAGAAAAGUUCUUAAAAAUGUACAUCGACGAAUUCGACACCGAUCACAUUUACAAUUGCGACACUUUUAACGAGAACGAGCCCGGUAGCAGCGAGCUUAACUAUUUGAGAAACGUUGGUCAGUCAGUUUUCUCAGCGAUGCAAGCAGUCGAUCCUCAAGCGAUAUGGAUGAUGCAAGCCUGGCUGUUCGUGCACGACUCUACGUUCUGGACGGAGCCUAGAGUGAGAUCUUUCUUGACCUCGGUACCCAUAGGACGAAUGCUGGUAUUAGAUCUGCAAUCGGAACAGUUCCCGCAAUACGGCCGACUAAAUUCGUACUAUGGUCAACCAUUCAUCUGGUGCAUGCUGCACAAUUUCGGCGGCACCUUGGGGAUGUUCGGGUCUGCGCAGAUCAUUAAUCAGCGUACAUUUGAGGGUAGAAACAUGAACGGCAGCACGAUGGUAGGAACCGGUCUGACACCCGAGGGCAUCAAUCAAAACUACGUGAUUUAUGAAUUGAUGAAUGAGAUGGCGUAUCGUCAUGAGCCCGUUGAGCUCGAUGCUUGGUUUGAGAGUUACGCAACUCGGAGAUAUGGCGUGUGGAAUGAAUACGCGGUGGCUGCCUGGAAGCAGCUCGGCAAAACGGUUUAUAAUUUUAUCGGCACGGAGAAAAUUAGAGGACAUUACGUCAUUACCAGACGACCAAGUUUAAAAAUCACGCCAUGGGUCUGGUACAGUCGCGAAGGUUUCUAUUCCACAUGGAAAGUGUUUUUAAAGGCAAGAUAUGGUAGAAGGAAUAAUACUCUCUACAGGAACGACGUGGUUGAUAUAACUAGACAGGCACUUCAAUUAAUGGCCGAUGACGUUUAUACGAACAUAGUGGAUAGUUACAAGAAAAAGAACAUUACUGCCUUUCGAUCGCACGUGAGUGCACUGCUGGAGCUUUUUGACGAUCUCGAGUCCAUUCUGGCGUCGGGAAAUAAUUUUCUAUUGGGUACAUGGUUAGCUCAAGCGAAAGAUAUGGCCGUCGACGACGAGGAGAGGCAAUCUUACGAAUACAAUGCUAGAAAUCAGAUUACUUUGUGGGGACCGAACGGCGAAAUACGGGACUACGCGAAUAAACAAUGGUCGGGAGUGAUGGCGGACUACUUCAAGCCCAGAUGGGAACUCUUUCUAAAAGCCCUCGAGAAUUCGCUGGUCGAAAGAACCAGGUUCAAUAUCACCGAGAUUAACGACAGAAUAUUUCGGGAGGUCGAGCAGCCUUUCACCUUCUCGACGAAACUCUAUCCCGUGGAAGCAAUAGGUGAUACUAUCGAUAUAGCUACGAAAAUAAUGUCCAAGUGGUCCAAUGUACCAAUAAAGAAUCACUACCACCAUCACCAUCAUCAGUAGUAGUAAAACAUCGAAAUGCAUUUAAAAAGUAUUAAAGAUAUAUUUAGCAUUUUUAUUUAUUAAAAAUUAAAUAUAUUUACUUUUUCUAGGCUAAGAGAAUAUCAAUAUAAUUAUGUUAAAGUAAUCUAAUGAGAACGUGAUUAGUGGCAAUAUUAUAAUUUUAUAUUUGUAUAAUGUUCAUAUCGCUCAUGACGAAAUCAUAUAUGUAAUACUUACAUAUAUGGUCGAAAUACAUUCAUAAAUGUAUAAAUUUUUAAUAUACAAAUUUAUUGUAUUGCUACGCACACAUAUUGCACACAUAUCAGAAAUGUAAACACAGAGAAUUAAAUUUAAGCAUCGCCUGCA